AUAUGUUAUUUUAAGUUUGCGCAUAUAAUAAGUAUUCAAUAAAAUCGUAAACAUAAUAAAAUCUGAGUAUUUAAAUUUAUAAUACUAUAUUGUUUACUAAAACUUGUAUUGCAUUCCGGUUAUGAUAAGAAUGUUCAAUUGCGAUAUUCAUAUUCUAUAACGUGAAUCUAAACAUAGACGAAUAAUAAUGGAACUGUCAAAGAACACUAUUGAUGGUCUCAAUGAUAUGCUGAAUAUAAAUACUGUUAAUGAUGAUAAUUUUGUACAGAUUUUAGAUACAGCUACUUCUUACAUAUGUGAAAGUCUUGCAGAAAUAAGAUAUAUUACCAAAGCAGCGAAUUUAAAACCAAUUCUAGCAAAGAAAAUUGUUGCUGAUACGGCAUGUUUAUUUGUAGAAGCUGCUCGACAUGAUUUAGAUGAAGAAGGCUUAAAGACUUUUUUAAAUCAAGCGUGUGGUGAUGAACAAAGAAUUAAGAAAUUAUGUGAAAAAUAUGUUAAUAACAAAAAAAUGAUACAGUCACAACUAGAGUCGAUAGGUAAUAACCCACCACAUAUCGUUGACGUAGACUGGCAUCUAGAUUAUUGUGUCAAGUUGGACACAUGCAAUUCCCUGGGUGUUCCACUGUACCAUGUACGGUUUAGUACUAAAGAAGGGGAAACAAUAAACCAUGUAACAUUCUCAUGUACAAUACAACAAUUGCAAGAACUAGUCUUUAAACUUAAAGAUGCCAUCAGAUACUCAGAAAAACUGACUAAUGUUUAGCUAACAUUCAUGUUAUGGAUUUACUUUUAUACGGUACAACACAUGUACAAUAUUUUAAAAUUUUGUUGCAAAUAUUUUUUGCUUUGUCGUAAUCAUUCUGUUAUGUAAUUCAUGGAAAUAAUUGUUAACAGCUUAUGAUAUUAUACAUGUAUUCUUGUAUAAAUGAAUCAUUAUAAUACUUAUUUAAUAAUAAAUUCAAUUUGUACGUGUAAGUGUAAUGGUAAAAUUGUAUACAAAUAACAGACUCUGUAAAGUAUAAUCAACUAUAUUUUUAUAGUUAAAAGAACAUUCUCUACUUCACGUAGUGUUAUUACUGUAUUAAUAACGCGCGCGCGCGUGUGGGAGCGUAUGCGCACGCACACAUAGACAAUUCGCAGAAAUACAUACAUAAAUUUGAAACAAACGACGAUCAACGUUUCUAUAAAUAAAACAAAUCUCGAAAACUUC